AUGAAAUUAAUUUGUAAAAUAGAAGUCGUAAAUCGUGCCCACAAUAAUUUAAAUAUAAGAUCAAAUGGAAAAUACAUAAAAUCAACAUUAGCCCUAAGUAAAGAACCAAAAAAUAGUACCGAGUACUGUAUGUUUCAUUUCUCCUCGGUAAAUAAAUCUGGUAUUAAAUACAAAGUGAAAUGUAUAAAACAAGUAUUUGUGAAAUGUUUAAACGAGGGUAAAAUUACUAUAAGAUUUUCUGAGCCUCCACAUGACUUGUGUGUCAAAAGUGAAGUAUUACAGUUAAAGAGUUUUCUAAAUUUGUUGAAGUCCUGCAUUACGGGUAAUGUGAAAAAUUUAAAAGUUACAAAUUUGACGUCAGUUGGUGUGACUGCAUUAGACAAUGCUCCUACCAAGUUAACUAUAUUGACUCGUAAUGAUAUACCCUCAAAAGGAUUUCCACGUACCUUAGAAUCUCUUUACAUGGCUGGAUUAAAAUUAUGCAAUUUCCGCCGAGAUAUACUCUUACUGCGCCGUUUAACUGUGCUCGAUUUAAGCAACAAUGAAAUAGAAAAGAUCCCUUAUGAGUUUGCUAGGAUGCCAAAUUUAAGUGAGUUAUACUUAACUAAUAAUUCCCUAGGAACUCUUGAAAGUGUUGACUGGAGAUGGUUGCUAGGACCUCAGAUUACAAAGACAUUAAAACUCCUAGAUCUAUGUGGUAAUAAGCUGAAAGUUCUUCCAAGAAAUAUUUGGAAACUGCAUAAUUUAGUUACAUUAAAAUUGGACAACAAUCUAUUAGAGAGGCUCCCUGCAUCGUUAGGACGAAUGAGGAAGCUAAGAUACGUAACACUAAGUCAUAACUAUUUGCAGUACCUUCCUUGCAGUGUAAUGCAAUGCAGAUUAGACCAAUUAGAUAUAUCACACAACAAUUUACAAAACCCUGAAACACUUCAAAAACCAAUUGCAUUGCAAUGGGAUUUCUGUGUUGGCAGGCUAUUGGAUAUAGCAGCAAAAGUUGUUUUAAGGAAUAAUAUGUAUUAUGCAGCAAAUGUAAUUCCUUUUACCCUAGUUGAAACAUUAGACGGUGCUAAUACAUGUGUUUGUGGCAAACCUGUUUUAAAUAAUGUGUUUUUAAUCAAACAAUUUGACUCGCGUGAUUGCUUUAGUAAUGUAACUGUAGUUAAUAAUAAUGUAAAUAGUGCUAUUAACUUUCAAUGUUAUUUUUGCUCAUCCAAGUGUUUGAGAGUUAAUAAUUUUUAG